AUGAACAGUGGGGAAGUUGAUGUGAAACCCCUCGACCUGUUCUCCGGCCGGUCCCUGGGAGCCCCGGACACAGAGCCGAUGUCGGACGGCGUUGGGGGGGUUCUGUGGCAAAGUUCGGAGGAAGAGGGACGCAGGCUGAAGAAGAGGGAGAAGAACAGGGUGGCCGCUCAGAAAAGCCGAAAAAGACAAACGCAGAGAGCCGACCUGCUCCACCAGGCCUGCGAGCUCCUGGAGCAAACAAACAGGCAGCUGAGGAGAGAGGUGACUAAGAAUUAA